UUGUUAUCACCAAGUCCUUCCAGCCUUUUUAAGAACGAGUCGCUAAUAACGAUACCUUUUCGACAGAUGCAGACCGAGCCUUCGUCGAGUACACGAUCGAGCUCCUGCACAACUACUCGCGGACGAAGCGGGGGGAAACCGCCGCGGACCGGAAGAAACGAGCCAAGCUGGAGAAGGACCGCAUGAGCCACACGCUCCAGGAGCCCUGCAACAACUGCCGUAAGCGCUGCACGGAGCGGAUCAGCGAGGAGCAGCGGGAGCUCAUCAACGAGGCCUUCUGGUCCCUGCCCACGGAGGAGGAACGCAGGUUCUUCGUCUUCCACUCCUGCGAGAGGAUCAGCAUCAAGCGGCGGAGGAGCCGGCUCAUGCUCCCCAUCCGCAAGGAGAAAACCAUCAAGUACUUCUUCUGCAACGAGGACGGGCAGAAAGUCGAGGUCUGCAUGGUCUUCUACCUGACUACUCUCGGCUACAACAGGAAGAACGACUCCAUCAUCAGGAACACCUUCCUCACCCCCGAGGGCAACCUCAAGCCGAAGCCGAGUAUGAGGGGCAAAGCCUCGCCCGCGAAUAAGAUCCCGAGGGACGUGAUCAAGGCGCACAUCGAGAGGUUCCUCCCGCGGGAGGAAGACGGGACGCUGACCAAGUGCCUCCCGCCCGAGAUGAAGAUCACGGCCAUGUUCGCGCAUUUCAAACGGAUUCAUCCCGAGCACGAGAAGAUCUCGUACGAGCUGUACAGGCGGGUCAUCCGGGAGGAGAAGAUCUCGUAUUCGACGGCUAGUCAUGAAAUAGGGGAGCCCGAGGGCUUCUACGGCCACCAGGAGUACCAGGACGAUGAGGAUCCAGUCACCUGUGAGCCGAUUUUGUAUCUGGUCUAACCGCUCAACUAUGAAAUGGACCGAGUUUAACAGAAAGGAACCAAGCCACAUCAGCUAUUGCCGAAUUUAA